AAUCAGCGCCUUGCUGAGCAUCGACAGGGCUUACAACGGAGCUAGCUUCGCGCAGCCACCUGGCUUUCUAGCAUUUCCCCCCGUUAUAUAUUCUUUUAUAUUUUCUCGUAAGCUAAGGAAUAAUCACUGAUCUCGUCAAAUAAAAGACUGGUUCGCGUCUCUGCAGCACCAAACUGAAGCGAUGACGGGCUCAAACGAGUACAAGCUGAACCAGGGACCAGAGGACGGCAUCUCUGCUGUCAAGUUCAGCCCCAGCACAGCCCAGUUCCUCCUGGUCUCCUCCUGGGACUGCACCGUCCGUCUCUACGAUGUCGUGGGCAACACCAUGCGGAUGAAGUACCAGCACACGGCUCCGGUUCUUGACUGUGCUUUUUAUGACCCAACACAUUCUUGGAGUGGAGGUUUAGAUGCGCAGUUAAAAACUCAUGAUUUAAACACAGACCAAGAUACAAUAGUUGGAACACAUGAUGCCCCCAUUCGCUGUGUGGAGUACUGCCCAGAAGUUAACGUCAUGGUAACGGGUAGCUGGGACAGAUCGGUUCGGCUGUGGGACCCGCGGACACCCUGCAACGCUGGCACCUUUACUCAGCCUGAAAAGGUGUACACGCUCUCAGUGGCUGGAGAUCGUCUGAUCGUUGGUACAGCUGGAAGACGAGUCCUGGUGUGGGAUUUGAGGAACAUGGGCUAUGUGCAGCAAAGGAGAGAGUCCAGUCUCAAGUAUCAGACUCGCUGCAUUCGAGCGUUCCCCAACAAGCAGGGCUACGUUUUGAGUUCAAUCGAGGGCCGUGUAGCUGUGGAGUACCUGGACCCAAGCCAGGAGGUUCAGAAGAAGAAGUAUGCCUUCAAGUGCCACAGGCUGAAGGAGGAUGGAAUUGAGCAGGUUUACCCUGUCAAUGCCAUCUCGUUUCACAGUGUUCAUAACACCUUUGCCACAGGUGGCUCGGACGGCUUUGUGAACAUCUGGGACCCGUUCAACAAGAAGCGACUGUGUCAGUUCCACCGGUACCCGACCAGCAUCGCAUCACUGGCCUUCAACAACGACGGCACCAUGCUCGCCAUCGCCUCCUCCUACAUGCACGAGAAAGGAGACAUCGGCCAUCCAGAGGACGCCAUAUUCAUCCGCCAAGUCACAGAUGCUGAGACAAAGCCCAAGUCAACCUAAGUGCAACGUGGAAUUGUUCCUUCUGCGUAUGAGGCCUUUAUCACAUUGGGUUUAUCUGCUGGCAUCCAGUGUACCAUAACCAUAUUGCUUCCUGUCAUUUCUUUCCAUUCCAGUACGCCAGUUUUUCUUUGUAAGUAACGUUUCCUCUCUUUUUCUGGCUCAUGUUGAAUAUUUCAUUGUUUCAAGUGUUGUCUUUUUUUUUGUGCUUUCUUGACUAAAAACUUUCUAUACACCUUUUUUUGACUCUUUUUCUUGUUUAUUUUAGAGUCUGUUUAAACUGUUGGAUCAAACUUUUAAUACUGACUGUUUGAUACUUGAUGUGGAAUAAAAAA